CUCAGUUUCAGCAGGACUCUAAAGACGGGGUCACGGGAUCUCCUGACUGGGGUCUGCAGUCGGAUGGUAUUGUGGCGGCUGGUUAGACAUGCGUUCGGAAAGAGAGUAGAGUUCUUGUCGUCGUGUAGUUAGAAAGAAGUAAAACUCAUCGUCACCAACAAUGAAUAUUGAUUAAUUUUUUUAAUAAUUUUUAAAAAAGAAAAAUCGACUCGUCACAUUGAUUUAAAUCAGCUCAUUCAAAAACCAUGUGAUUUCGUUUGUUUGGUUGUUUCUUCGUCAACGAAUCGCAAGUUAUACGACACAUGCAAUAAUGAAUAACAUUUAAUUCAAGAAUCGGAUAUAGACGUGUUUCUCUUUCGAUUGUUGAAAUAAAGUGACAAGUUAUUAAACCGUGCUGUAAUUGUCGGUGAACACCCCAGGUGCAUGCAUCUAAGAAUAUUGGAUUCAGUUUAAUGGUGAAUAAUUUCCACCCAACGACAUCACCAUGGUUGCUAAGCACUUUACUCAGGGAUCCAGACCGGAGACCGGUGUCCCUGACAUGACGGUGAUCAGCGACAUAGACGAGACGGGAAUAAACAAAAAUCUACAAGUUCGUUAUCAGAGGGACCAGAUAUACACGUACACGGGCUCGAUCCUGAUCGCUGUGAAUCCUUACAAGGAGGUGGACAUUUACACAACGGAGUACGUAAACCGUUACCAUGGACAGAAAAUGGGAGCUUUGGAACCGCACGUUUUUGCACUCGCAGAAGCUGCGUAUAGGUCACUUCAGGAAACGGAGAGUAAUCAGUCUUGCGUUAUUAGCGGUGAGAGUGGCGCAGGAAAAACUGAAACGACAAAAUUUAUACUUCAAUAUUUAUGCUCGGUUACCAGUAACGUUGAUACUUGGGUAGAACAACAAAUUUUAGAAGCGAACACGAUUCUGGAAGCUUUCGGAAACGCUAAAACGGUUCGCAACGACAACAGUUCAAGAUUUGGAAAGUUCAUGCAGGUCUGUUUCGACAAUAAAUGGAUGAUAAAAGGUUGUAUCAUCCAGGACUAUCUUCUUGAACAAAGUAGAAUUACAUUUCAAAGUCCGGGUGAGCGCAAUUACCACGUAUUUUAUCAAUUGAUCGAAGCUGGAGCUUGCAACAAGGAGUUCGCUGAGCAGUACCGGCUGCGUCCAGCUGGUUUUUACAAAUAUUUAAACCAAUCCGGUUGCACGAAAAUCGACGGUAUAUCCGACUCUAGAAAAUUAGACGCUCUGAGGCUCGCUUUCAACGUCCUUCAAGUUGAUGGCGAAAUGUGCGAAGGUAUAUUCAGAGUCCUGUCCGCUAUAUUGUGGCUGGGAAAUCUUGGUUUCGAAGACGUCGAUGGUGAAAGAUGCGAGCUGACGUCGGAAGACGAAGACAUCGUUGCCACAGUCGCACCGCUCCUCGGACUUCAAAUCGAAGAUGUUACCAGAGUUGUUUUAGUCAGGCAAAUAAACGUUCGCGGUAACAUCACGGAAAUACCUUUGAAAGUUCAAGAGGCCAGGGAGAACAGACAUGCGAUGGCCAAGGCGCUGUAUUCGAGAACAUUCGCCUGGCUGAUAAACCACAUAAACACUUGUACGAAUCCUGGACAGGACAGCUCCAGAUUUUUGGGAGUGUUGGAUAUAUUUGGAUUCGAAAAUUUCAACGUCAACAGUUUCGAGCAACUUUGCAUCAACUAUACAAAUGAAAAACUUCAUAAAUUCUUUAACCAUUACGUAUUUGCGCUCGAACAAGAAAUUUAUCGCCAGGAAGAGAUCUACUAUUCUCAUAUACAGUUCACGGACAAUACUUUGUGCCUCGAACUUAUUGAGAAACCGCCCCGUUGCGUGCUGAAGAUGUUGACCGAACAAUGCCAUAUGCCGAAGGGCUCUGAUCUGGCGUACCUGACAAAUUUACACUCCGAAUUCGACUCUCAUCCUUCUUACGUGAAGGGCGAAGACAGGAGAAAGUGGGAAACCGAAUUCGGAGUAAAACAUUACGCGGGUUGCGUUACCUAUACAGUCGAGGGUUUCGUGGAUAAAAACAGGGACGUCCAGCAGGAUGUUUUCUUCGAUUUCAUGUCCCGAAGCACAAACGAAUUUGUCAAGGAGAUAACGAUAUACCAGGAUCUUCUGAGUUGUACCGUUGCCAGAUCAGGACACAUGACGAUGUCCCGCGGUACGUCGAAAGGGAAGCCUACGCUCUGCGAUUCCUUCAGACACCAGCUCCAAGCGCUGGUCGAUGUUUUGCAGGCGACUACCCCCUGGUAUGCGAGAUGCAUCAAACCAAACAUGAAGAAAAUGGCGAACAAUUACGACGAGCAGUUGGUUCUCGAUCAGCUCAAGUACCUCGGGAUGCUAGACAUCAUAAGGAUCAGAAAAGAAGGAUUCCCUAUCCACAUGCCGUUCGUCGAUUUCCUGUCCAGGUAUCGAUGCCUGGACAAGGGCAGACCUGGAUUCUCCGAUGAAAAAGAGGCUGUACGAAGGCUUAUCAGGGGCCAAGGAAUUCCGGAGACGGAAUGGCAGAUAGGGAGGACGAAAGUUUUCCUCAGAAGCUACGUUCACGAGCCUUUGGAAGAUUCCAGAAAUCAAAUGGUCACGAGCAAUGCGAUAACGAUACAAAAAAACUGGAAGGGAUACAGGGUGCGGAGAGAAUUCCUGCGAGUCAAAGAAGCCGCGUUGAAAAUACAGCACGCGUACAAGGGCUGGAAACUGCGUAUAAUGUUUAUGAGGAAGAGAAGGGCUGCAAUCGUGAUUCAAUCUCAUUUGCGAGGAGUGUUUGCACGAGAAGUCGCAGCGGCAUUGCGUGAGAUGAGACGCGUAGACGAGGAAAUGAGGAAACGUGAGAGAAUGGAAGAGGAGCGAAAACUUAUGGAGGAUAAAAAAGCACUGGAGGAAACACAGAGCGCACAAUACGACGGUAUAAUGGGGAUGGAUAGAGGAAAGGCGCAGGAGGAGAUUGCUGCUCUAUCUCAGAUGGCUGAGCAGUUGAAUUCAAAAAUGGCAACAUCCGAGCUGCAGUCUGUCGAUUUGGACAAUCUAUUUUCAUUUCUAUCCGAUGUACAAUCUACGAAAAGUAAUCAGAUAAUCGACGAAAUCGGAGAGCAGAUGGACGAGCUAGUCGAAGACCUUGACGUCGAACUGGAAACUGUAAUUCAACAGGAAAUGGAGUUGGACAUGAACGGUAUACAGGAGAGCAGAAAUUCAUCGAAUAACAACAGUUUGGACAGAAAAGGACAGCAACAGAGGGCUGCGGCGAAACUGAAUCAACCCCGUCUUCCAGAACCAACCGAACCUCCGCCCCCGCCACCUUUGCCCGUAGGUCGUCCUCUGGUUCAGGAAGAUGAUUCGACCGGUACGAACAACAGUUCCAGUCUUUCAACCGUGGAUGGGGAGCCGAUCUACGAGUCAGUUUUGCCAAGAGAUGAGAAUGGGCCGAGUAGCCCUGUGCUUAUCAAUGUUGGAUCUUCAAUGGGCAACGGGGAUCUGUGCGGAUCACCUCCUCCUGUUCCCACCAGCAAGAUAACAAAGGAUCCCAUUUGCAGCAGCUCUCCUCCGAGGUCGGAUUCGGGCAAUCUAGUGGCAAAUCAUCACCACCAAAUUCAGGCGCAGCCCACACAGCUCGCAUCGUACGGUGCUCACGAACAACAGCAGCCUGCCGAACGUGAGCAAAGACGCAAAUUCAGAGUGGAGAGAAAACUGCAGGAGCUCGAAGAUAACAAGGAGGUCUUGGAGCCCGAUACAACGUAUCACGAUAUCGUCGAAUUUGCUCAAAAUUAUUUCAACAACCACGAACGGUCGCCGGAGGGAACUAUCAUCGCCACCCUGACGAGGAAAUCACGAGGAAAAAGCUUGGAGUUUAUACCAAAGUAUGAAAUGGUUACAUACUACAAGGGUUCCAGUAUUCCAAACUCACAUAUCCACAUGUACGAUCCGGAUAAUGUCAACGUUGCCUGCUCAGUUUUCAGGGACUUGUGCAAGCAUAUGCGAGGUGAGAUGAAGCUGGAGCAAGAGAUUGCGACCAUUCAGAGUAUAAUCGGCUAUGGGAUCGAACGAGAAGAAUUGAGGGAUGAGAUCUUGGUGCAGUGCAUGCGUCAGGCUACUAACAACCCUAAUCCUGAAUGGGCAGAGCGAGUGUGGCUUCUGCUUUGCCUCGCGAUAGUCGCGUUUCAGCCAAGCAAACUCUUGUAUAAGUAUUUCGUCUCGUUUCUCAAAAAGAAUUUAGCACUGGAGGGAAAAUUACGACAGUACGUGCAGUGGUGCGUGGACAACUGCAAGAAUACAAAAGUUUCGUGCAGGCAGUUUGCCCCUUCGACCGUCGAAAUAGCGGCCAUGAGGCGACUCGGCACAAUAGUUUGUCGAUUCUUUUUCUUGGAUGGGCGUACCAAAGCUAUUGACGUGCAUCCGACAGACACAGCUGCGGACGCUGCUGCUAAACUUGCUGAGAAACUUGGGCUCAGGUCUCUAGAAGGCUGGGCAAUAUACCAGAGUAGGCCCGAUGGCGAAGAACAUGUCAGGGCUCAUGAUUAUCUCUACGACGUUAUAGCGGCAUGGGAAAUAAAGCAAUGCAAACUGAAUACAACACAAUCCACUUUUUCCACUUUGAGACGUAGCAACAAUCCAACUUUGGGCAGUGGUGAAAACCGGUUCGUUUUCAAGCGUAGACUAUUCAGAAACAGUCGGGAAUUAUCACAAGAUCCGGUUGAAGUUAACAUGCUUUAUGCACAAGCAGUUUACAACGUAGUGAAGUGUGACGAUUUUCCAGUAUCGGAGAAGGUUGCUCUCCAGUUAGCCGGUCUACAAGCUCAAGUCGCUUUGGGUGACCCGAAGGAUAACAAUCGCUUGGACUACUACGCAGAAGUGGACAGUUUCCUUCCAUAUCGUAUCAGCCGAGCCAGAGGCGACGACGUCUGGGUACCAAUAAUAGCCCAAGCUCACGGGCAAUACGGAGCUGGCCGUUCCGAGUUGACGGCUAAAGUUCUUUAUCUCUCUUGCGUGAUGCAAUAUCCAUUAUAUGGGACAACGAUGUUUAAUGUAACGUACAGGGGUUAUUGGUCGUAUGGAAAUCAGUUGAUAUUGGGGAUAAACUGCGACGGGCUUAUGCUGAUAAAGCCAGAUGAUAAGUUUGUUCUAUCGGAAUACAGGUAUCAAGAUGUUGAGAGCAUUAUGUUAGACCCGAGCGACUCGUUCAUAACUCUGUCUCUUCUGAGGCACAAUCCGGACAGUUCGCACAAAUGUUUUGUUUUCGAGACGAAGCAGAAGAAUGAAAUCGGGAGUCUGAUAGUAAGCUACUGUCCUGCCCUGGCUGGGUGGAUCACGGAGAAUGAGGCUCCGGUCAAAAAAGUGAAGGGAAUAACGAACGAAGACAGAGUCAGGCUCUACCAUAAUUUAGUCAACUGUCGCAGGACUUUGGUGGACUCCGAUGCUUUACGAAAGCCCCAAGACAUGGGUGGAGGUUUUUUGAGAAAUACUUUACGAAGGCUUUCCAAGCACAGGAUAGAAAAACUGCGGCAGGAGCACGGUAACGCAAUGGAUAAUGGCGAGACAUAUAAAGGAUUUCCGUACGCUUAUUGGGCGUUUGGCAGACAGCCGAUUCCGCAAAGUUUGUCAAAACUGCCCGAACCGGACGAGCAGAUUGCGCUGAGUGUCUUUCAAUUGGUCUUAACUUACGCCGGUCUGGGGCAGAACGGAGAUGCCGUUCGGAGUGUCGAAGACGAGCACGUAAACCUCAUUCAAACUAUCAUGGAACGCUGUAUGAGGAAAGAAAAUCUUUUAGGCGAGUUAUAUUUACAGCUGAUCAAACAAACCACCGAUCACCCCGACCCCAACAGUCGAGUGAACUUGAGACACUGGGCACUGCUCUCAUUAGCAUGUUCCGUUAUCCUGCCUCCUCAAAAAAUUAUAAGAAAGUAUUUAAUCGCUCACUUAAAACGGUGCUCGAGCGACUACGUCACAGAGGAGGGUAAGUAUGCGAGAUUCUCAGAGAAAUGUCUGAACAAAACUCAAGGGACGAGGAGGCGACAGUGGCCGCCUAGCAGAGAAGAAAUAAUGUGCACCAUAAAUAGAAGACCAAUUUACGCGAGAUUUCAUUUCAUGGACGGUCAAUAUCAUGCCGUCGAAUUCCACCCUUCGGCAACUGCGCGAGAUGUGAUGGAAAUAAUCAAGGCUAAAAUUGGACUAGAGGAAACAGCAAUGGGAUAUGCGAUUUACGAAGUGCUAGGCUCCUCCGAACGAUCUCUCGUGCCGGAGGAAAAAAUCGCCGACGUUAUGUCGAAAUGGGAGCGUUACAGAGCAGCUAGCGUGACAAACAAUCAACAAUCACAACAAGCGCAAAGGAAACACGCGCAUCACUUAUUCUUGUUCAAGAAACACUUGUUCCUCGAUCAAUACAUGAACCUGGAUGACCCCGUUGAAAAAGAGCUCCUCUAUCACCAGGUUUUGCACGAUUUACGCACCGAUCGCUUCCCAAUCACGGACAAGGAAGCUAUGAUGUUGACGGCCUUGCAAGCCCAAUUGGAGCUGAGUGAUUGCGAAGAAGGACUUUCCGAGGGGCAGGAAUAUCGCAGGAUAGCUGGGCACUGUUUACCUGCUAGAUUGGUACCGAAUUUAAGUCCGGACGGCAUUAUGCAACACCACCAAUCUUUGAGAGGAAUGACACCACCGGAGGCGAAAAAAGCGUUCCUGAAUUUAAUACAGUCCUGGCCGUUGCACAAGGCUACUAUAUUCGACGUUAUGCAAUCAUUUACCUCCAAUUGGCCCAGAGUCCUGUGGCUCGCCGUUGACCAGAAGGGAUUACAUCUCUUGGAGCAUCGAUCGAGAAAUGCUCUCUGCAGCUAUGAGUACGGAAGCAUUCUCAGCUUCAGCCCUGCGCUGAACUGCUUGAUGAUCAUUACUGGGACCGAUAAAAAGCAAAGCAAAGUUAUAAUAACCACGUCACAAGCUUUCCAAAUAUCCAACCUAAUCAGGGAGUAUACGGAAGUGUUGCAGUCUCCAAUGGAAGGGUAUAAGCGAGAUUCCAAGGUGAUCCAAAUCAGUCAGCCGCCCCAGCAGACACCCUUACCCUCGACCGGUGGUCGCAAGUCAAGACCGGUGUCUAUGCUUCACAGGCCUACUCCCGUGAUCCAAUCUCAAGCCAGCUAAGUCCAGCUGAUAUUGUACUUACAAUUAGAUAAAACUGAAAUUUAUUCGAUAGUCAGUUAACGGAUUAGAAUUAUUAGACCAGCCUAGAAACGUACGCACAUUUGAAGAAAAAAAAAACAAACGAGUAAAAGAAAAGAAAAGGUGAAACCCGUAUCCACGGGAUUGUAAAGUUGACAAAUAAUUAUAAAAAUAAUUGUAAAUCUCUCUAAUUCAUGUGUAUCAUUGACGCACAAAGAACGGUAAGCCUAAUUAUUUCUUCCAGUAUUUAUUGAUCGGCUGAAAAAAAAGUUUCAGCAAAACGUGUCGUACCAAAAUGCAUUUAAAUUAUAUAAUUAAUAAUAUUAUUCGUACACUCGAUGAAAUAUCCUCACACUGCCACAGCGUUUAAAUUGACAUACAACUAAAGUGCAUUGAAUAUAUGCGUAUAUUUCUUCCACUGUCGGUCAAAAGUAUUCGAUCGAUAGGUACAGAGAUGAAUGUUGUUUCAUUUGACUUGAAAGUUUUUCUAUGAAAUCGUCAGUUCAAUAUUAUUUCAUCUCACGUUAUAAAAGUUAUCAUUGUUUGAAAACUUUGAACGAUAUAAAGUGCGUUUAUAGUUACUGAAUUUGUAAACGGUACACCAAGACCCGCUAAUCGCUUGACAAAUUUCGAAUACGAUAUAUUUUAACCUUGCACACGUAUUAAUUAAUUUAUUAUAAAAAAUAUAUUAUACUUGUUACGUGUAUAUUUUAAUAUGAAACAAUCGACGAGUAUACCAGCGAUAACUAAAUGUAGCUUUGAAUAUGUUGUAAGCCUAAAUGCUAAAAGUAACGACAAGCGGAAAGAAAAGAAA